UCACGGCAGCCCCGCGCGCAUCCGAUCGAGGACACGUCACGUAAAGAACCGGCUAUAUGUAGUUUCACUCGUGCGCGCGGUCAGUUCUCGUCAGGCUUUCACCGAGAGCGCUCCGCAAAAAGUGAGAAUGCCCCACGACUUCGAAAAAACCCGCCACAGUAGUAGUGCCAACCUAACACGCAUGCGUCCCGCAAUACCCUAUCACCUUCAGUAGGCGCUGGAUUUUGCCGGGAUAAGAACCGAACAUGGAAAAAUCGAGUUUCGCGGAUUUCCUCACGUGUCCGAGCGUGCUGAGUGCGGUGUUCGUCGGCGGUUGCGUCUUGUUGCUCGCUUACAUUUUAAAAUCCUUCCGGAAUGCGAGCACUGAGGAGAAAGAUCAAAGUGAGCCCGGCUCCUCUACCGUCGAAAGAAAGAAGGACAGCGCUGUUUCCAAGCAGAAGAAGAAGCAGAAUUGGACCCGAAGCGCCGACCAAGCCUACGCCCAGCCCUGGUUGCUCAAAACCCUCAAGAACCACACCGGCCAGGUGCACACCAUCGACUUCUCCAGCAACGGCAAAUACCUGGCGUCCUGCGGCGAAGGUAGGCCUAGCUUAAGCUCGGCGUGGGGGCCGGCGUUCGGCACUGACUUCUCUUUAUGUGCAGAAGAACCCGACCCAGACCCAGACCUAGACAUGAACAGCAGCAGCGGUUCGGAGUGUAAUAAGGAGAACAGCAGGCCCCCGUCCGCCGACCCCAGUCCGCGCACGAAGGGGCUGUCGCGGCGGCAGCGCAAAAACCGCCGACGCGAAGACUCCUCUCCCGACAGCAAGAAAAAAAAAGAGUCGAAGCGAGAGCCGCUCACGCAGUUCAAACUCAGCAUUUCGGAGCGAGUCUUCGUGGCGCUGCUGCACCCCCACAUGCUCACGAAAGAGCAGCUCUACGUGGGCGGCUUCCCGGUGCAGAGCCCGCUGCACAACAACUCGGUCGUGUUCUUGGUCAACAGCAGCUCGUUCAGCAAGAGCCGGUUCGACGUGAACGCGCGCGAGUUCGUGCCGCGGCUCACGAGCGAGUCGCGCGACGCCAGCGACUCGGAGGAGAGCUCGGGCUCGGAGCCGGACGCCUCCUUCUACGUGGUCAACGCGAACGUGGGGGUGGAGCGGCUGUGCGCGAGGUGCGGCCGCGGUUUCUUCACCACGGACAAGGAGUACCUGACGCAGGAGCGCUGCGUCUACCACUGGGGCAAGCUGCUGACGGUGCCCCGGGGCGGCGUGGGGGCGCACUACUCGUGCUGCAACGGCAAGCCGGGCUCGCUGGGCUGCACCACGUGCAAGCUGCACGUGUGGAGCGGGGUGCUGCCGGGGCUGAACGGGCCCUUCGAGGGCUACGUGAAGACGCGGCAGCGCAGGUCGACGCCGGCCGACGGCAACUACGGGGUGUACGCGCUGGAUUGCGAAAUGUGCUACACGGUGGCGGGGUUGGAGUUGACGAGGGUCACCGUGGUGGCGGUGGACGGGAAGCUGGUGUACGACUCGUUCGUGAAGCCGGUUAACGAGAUCAUCGACUACAAUACUCGGUUUUCGGGGAUCACGGCCAAGGACCUCAAUCACAACGCGAAAAAGUUGAGAGAAGUACAAAACGACCUGCGGGGGUUCAUCAACGCGGACACCAUCCUCAUAGGGCACGGCUUGGAGAACGACCUGAGGGCGUUGAAGCUCGUGCACAAGACCGUCGUGGACACGGCGUUGGUGUUUCCGCACUAUCACGGGUUUCCGUACAGACGCUCGUUAAGACAGUUGGUUUCUUCGUACUUAAAGAAGGAGGUGCAGUGUGGGUCCAACGGACACGAUAGCUACGAAGACGCUUGUGCUUGCAUGGAACUCGUCAAGUACAAGAUUUGGAAGGAGAACAAGGAUUUCAUAAUGAUGUGACCGCUCAUUUCAUCAUGCUUUAUUUAUUUUCGCGUCAUUUAUCACCUCAUUUGUGAUAUAGUGUUUGUGAUAUUGACAGAAUCUCAACGUGAUACAGGAAUGGAUUUACUCGUAAAUUGUAAAUUACCUGUGCGAGACUUUGUGUUUUUAAUUUUAAGUACUUAAGCUAGGUUUCAUCCUUGAUUGUUACUGUGUAACUUACACCGUAGGCUAAGAGUAACGUCACUGGAAAGUUCCUAUCCUUUUCAUACUUUUGUACAUGGUGCUCAGCCAUCUGCCACUUGUCUUUUCCGUUUUGUUUUGUUAAUUCGAGUAUUAUAGGUUAAGUCAUGUGUUCAUUACGAUAUUGUUGUUAUCUUUGUUUCAUAUGAAAAAAACGAAAACACGAAGGCAAGGCUGUGUCUGAUGAUACAAUCGUAUCAAUAUUUUUAAUAAAUUUUUUAAUUAA